AGUGACUCAUUCGGCCCCGCCCCUCGGGUGCCGCUGCCGCGCUGGGGCCGGGGAAGGGAGCGUGACCCGGCCGCGAGCGGUCGGAUGAGGGUGGGGGUGGGACGACACUGUGGGCUCCUCGGCCCGCUGCGGGGGUCGCCCCCGCCCCCGCCGACUCGGGAAGUGAGCCGCUCGCUCCCGGCCGGGCCCCGCUCCAGGAUUUCCCCAAUUGGAUGCUAGAAAAGAUGUUUGAUAUCAAAGCCUGGGCUGAAUAUAUUGUGGAAUGGGCUGCAAAGGAUCCAUAUGGCUUUCUUACCACUGUGAUCUUGGCCCUUACACCAUUGUUCCUAGCAAGUGCAGUGCUAUCAUGGAAACUGGCAAAAAUGAUUGAGGCCAGGGAGCGGGAGCAAAAGAAGAAACAGAAACGCCAGGAAAAUAUUGCAAAGGCCAAACGAACAAAGAGGGAUUAAGUGAGACAAAAUGCCUUCCUUGUGCAAAAAAUGUGCUUUUUCGUUGACGCAUUCUCGUGCACUUGUAUCUUUGUGUGUUGUUGUCUUCCUCCAACAAUCUUCUUGAACUACAACAAUUCAACCCCUGAAAUUAUUCAUGUUCUGCUUACACAAUUUGUGUUGCUGUCUCUGUCUAAUCUACAAUGGCAUUUGAUGUGUAUAAUUCAACCAGAUACCACUUUCCAAUGAGUUUACUUUUGUAUGUUUACAUGCCAUACAUUAAAAUUAAUGCACUUGGGGGGUGGGGUUUGGUUUUUUAAAUUGGAACUGCUUUAGCAGUUGUUCAAACAUGUCAAUAUUAAAUUAUGGAAGAAAAAAUUAAAA